AUGCACCGCUCAACAGCAGCCUUUCUCCUCGCCCUGCUGGGCACAGUGUCCGCCUCCCCCGUCGCGAUCCAGCCUCGUCAGGCCGACUUCUCGGGGAACCAGCAGGACGGUCUUAAUGGCGAGUGCAAGUCCAUGAUCGUCAUCUUCGCCCGCGGCACCACGGAGGGCGGCAACGUCGGCACCCUCGCCGGCCCGCCCUUCUUCCAGGCCCUUGCGACCCAGGUCGGCGGCAACCUUGCUGUCCAGGGAGUCGAGUAUCCGGCCGACAUCCCAGGAUUCCUGGCUGGAGGCGACGCCAACGGCUCGCAGAUGAUGGCCACGCUCACUCAGCAGGCCAUCACCAACUGCCCCAACUCGGCAGUCAUCAUGUCCGGGUACUCUCAGGGCGGACAGCUGGUACACAAUGGUGCUGCAAUGAUGUCAGCAGACUCGGUGGCCAAGGUUGCCGGCGUCGUCAUCUUCGGCGACCCACUCAACGGCCAGCCCGUCCAGGGCGUUCCCGCCGCCAAGACCAAGGUCAUCUGCCAUAACGGCGACAACAUCUGCGAGGGCGGCAACCAAAUUCGCCGGGCUCACUUGACGUACCGCGACAACGCCGACGAGGCCGCUCAGUUCGCCGCAUCCUUGAUGCCGGCUGCCGCUUAA